AUGUGGUCCGAGUUCUCUUUCUCUUGGAACAGCGGCAUCAUCACCAUACGCAGUUUCUCCGGGGGAGAAAGGAACGCGCCACCCUUGGCUACUGGGGUGUCCCUGUUGCCGCCUGCGCCACCCGUCUGGAUGAAUCGAGGGGCGAGCAGCAAUCCAGGAAGCGCCGUGCAGCUCCCCUACAUCCUGUAUGCCCUGUACGCUCUGAGCUCUUCCCUUCGGACUCUUCCAGAGAGCCACUUUGGAGGGCUGCCCCUCGCCAAGCCUCAAACAGGAACGCAGCCCCGCGUGAGCAGUAACAAUUCAAUUCUACCUCACAGGCAGGGCGAGCACAGAAUGCCCAGCGGCCCCGGGAAAGGCAUCCUGUGGUCGGCGAGCUACUCCUCGCUCGGCAAGUUGCAGCGGGGCAAAAGUCGGGCACACGAGCGAGCUCUGACAAGUGACAACUUUGUUGCGCUCUGGCAGGUAUCCCACGGUAGCGUCGUAGUUGGUUUUCUUGCCUCUCGGCGGACCCCGAGAGAUCCUAUUUCCAGCAGCACCAGCAGCGCAGCGCGCUCAAGUUUCUUCGUCCUUGUCUCUAUUAGGGCCUCGUUCGUGCUGUCCUGCAUACCCGGCGUUCCAGUCGAUGUGGGUAUCCUCGCUGCUGCACAGAAUACGGAACAGCACUUGCAGCUCCCCUCUGAGAACACCGAUUGA